UUAUUGUAUCAAGAAUUCAUUAUGUAAGUCAUAGAACCUGCACAAAAUACCUCGAUUGCGUCAAAUACCGGAACACUUUGAAAACGGACAAUGUGUCGGAAAGAACGAGAGGUGAAACCUCUAGAGCAUGAUGCGAAGUUCCUCUCUAGCAAGACGGGAGGUUACACGUUAUAUUUGACGUGGAGUGACAGCUCGGAAGUCUUCCUGACAACUUAUUAUCUUUGAAUUUUUACAGUUUUCACAUUGCGUGCUGCACAUUUUACACGCUGCCUCUGAACUUCAUACCAACAAGGAGACAAAGAUAAAGAGAGAUUAGCCUCUUCUUCCCAGACAGUCCUCACUAUUAUGGCUGGUAGCACCACCAAGACAGUGUACGAUAUUUUCCUGAGCAUGGAGAACGGACCAGCAUCAACUUCUAGCACUGUCAACGCACAGGCCUGGCUGGAUCAUCAUUCCCGCUCUUUGGGUCUUUUCAUCAAUGGGAAGUUUGUUCAGCCAGCAGGUAGACAGAGCCGCUCCCUUGCUGAUUCCAAAGGUGGUGUCGUGUGUAACACAGCAUGCGCUGAGGAUGAGGAUAUUUCCCAAUGUGCCACCUCUGCUGUGAACGGCUACAAGUCCUGGAGCAGCCUGACCUGCUUCCAGAGAGCCAAAGUGCUGCUCAGGCUGGUGAGCGCCCUCGGGCUGCACGGCCAGUGCCUUACGGAGCUGUGUGGGCUGUGUGAGAACCCCUGCUCGCCCUCCUCACUGGUCAGACUGCUGCAGUACUACAGCUGCUGGGCCCAGCUCAGAGACACUUUCAUCUCUGACUGGACUCCCAUUGGUGUGGUGGCUGUAGUCACCUCUGAUAACUGCUCCCUCUAUUCCCUUAUGCUCAAAGUCCUACCAGCACUGGCCAUGGGCAACUCUGUGAUCGUGAUCCCUGGUCAGAGCUCAGGCCCCCCGGCUCUCCUCUUAGCGCAGCUUUUUAUGGGGGCUGGACUUCCUGUUGGAGCACUAAAUGUUUUGACAGGAAGUGAUGUAAUGCUGGGAGCCAAAGUGGCCCAGAACCCCAACAUCGGCUACAUGACUUACAGCGGUGACAAACAGGAUGGGGUGAUGCUGUGUACAGCCUCAGCAGGGAUGGGGGUUCCCGUGUCCCUCUCUCCAUCUAUAGGGUCCACGUGUCCCUUUAUAAUCUUCGAGUCAGCCGACAUUGACAGCGCUGUGGAGGAAGUUAUAGAGACUGCUUUUAAGAAAAAGAAAGAGAUCCACUGGGUGCUGUGUGUGCAGGAGAGUGUGUCAGACAGUGUGGUUGCCCGUCUAAAGCUCCGUCUGGCCGGGAUGAAAUGCGUCACCCUGCACAGCGAGGCAGAGAGACUCCUGGUGGACGCUGCAGUACAGCAGGCUCAACAGCAGGGGGCAAUGUUGAUUCAGUCCUGUGCUGCCCCCCCUUCUGGUGCACAAUAUCCCCCAACUGUGCUCUGUGGGUCAGCCCCCUCCUCACCCUGCGUGGUCAACCCAGGCCCUGGACCGCUGCUGCCUCUCAUGACUUUCAGAACCAACUCAGAAGCAGUGGCCAUGGGAAACCACAGUCCACAUGGCUUUGCAGCAUCCAUCUGGACUGAAGACCUCACCUUGGCUCUGGAGACAGCUAAGAGCCUGUCAGUUGGUUUCGUGUGGGUGAAUUCGAACUCUGUGUAUGAUCCCUGCCUCCCCGUCUCUGGUCACAAAGACAGCGGCACCUGCACAGAUGGAGGACGGGAGGGCCUGUACCAGUUUCUCCGCCCGUCCAUUUCUUGCCCUCCUCUUCCUCGUUCUCUUUCGAUAUCGAUGAACUACUCAAACUUUGGAACUGAAGUCCCGGCACCUGUCAUUCCUGAUGCUUCAGACCCCUCCAAUGCUCCGCCAACCUACCUGCAGUUUGUUGCUGGUAAAGCUUGUAAAUCUGUGUCCGGCACCAACUUCCCCCUGCAGGCACCAGGGUGCGACACUGUGUUAGCCUUCUGUCCAGAUGGAGGCCGGAAAGACGUGCGUAAUGCUGUGGAGGCUGCUAUCAAAGUUCAGCCAGGCUGGGCGAAGAAAAGUCAGUCUGCACGUGCUCAGUCACUCUACUCUCUGGCAAAGGGUCUGGAGGCAAAGAGGCAAGCCAUAGCCGCUUCGGUCACCACCCAAACGGGCACCUCACCAGACGAGGCCGACAAGGAGGUGGAGAUGAGCAUUGUCAGGCUCAAUAUUUGGGGGGCCUACUGUGACAAAGUGCAAGGUGGAUCUCUGCCCAUGCCACAGUCUGGCUCUGCUCUGUCUAUACCUGAAGCUUUGGGAGUUGUUGGGGUCGUUUUACCUGACAAGAAUCCCCUCCUCUCCAUGGUAACACUUCUCGGGGCAGCCAUCGCCACAGGCAAUGCAGUCAUUAUGGUACCCAGUCAAAAGUAUCCGCUGCCUGCCUUGACUUUCAUUCAAGUGAUCCAGUCAUCAGAUCUGCCAGCAGGUCUGGUUAACGUCAUUACCGGAAGUAGAGACCAGCUGACAGUGGCUCUUGCCACUCACAGUGUCAUCAAAGCCAUCUGGUACUGGGGCAGUGCCGAGGGAUGCCAAUACCUGCAGCACACCUGCACUAGCCCCCUGAAAACCUUGCGACUCUUCCGUCAAAAGGAUGAGGAUGGGAAAGACGGAGGGAUAGACUGGUCUCAGUCUCAUCCCUCUCUCCUAGAGGAAUUGUGGAGAAAUGCUGUCCAGUGGAAGAGUGUGUGGAUACCUACUGCAUGAAGAGACAGAGGCAGGCAGGCAAAAAAAAAGAAAAUCUGUCCAAAAAUAAUAAUAAUAAGUCAAUCAGUGUUCCUGAUAGUCACAGGGUGUCUUAAAAUAGACAAUUUAUUGUGAUGAUAAAGACGAAGUGUCAUUGAUCAUAUGCGGUUAUUGGUUAUUGCUAUAAAUUGUGUACCUCAUUUAAAAAUGACAAACAUGAUAUGAAGAUGAAUACUCCCUACAUGAUCCUUCUCUGUAAUUGAAUAGUAAAAGUUUUAAUGUAGCAAGUGCAAUACAAUCACAAAACCAUCAGAGUUGCUCUCUAGUCUCUGGACGCAGAAUUCUUGGAAUGCUUCAGGGGAAAAUAUUACUUUUCCCAGAACUGUACCUCAAUUAUUUUGCAUUUUUAUUAAUUUACUAAGUACAGUUACGAUACUCACCAGUUGUAUUGUUUCAUGGUUGCUUUUGACAUUUUCACGGAAUAAUAUAAAGUCUUGAAAAUAGUUGACACAAUUACAGCUUUAACUUUACGUAAUCCAGGUUUACUUAGAUCUUUUUCUUAGCUUACACUGUAACCUCAAACCUUACUGCCUUACACGCUAUGUUAAGUUUUGUGAAUGUAUGUGGUCUAAAUAUUUUGUUUUUGGAGGAUCUCCUAUGCCGACCUCCUACCCCGUUUUGACUGUCGACGUUGAACUUUUUCAUGCGAGUGAGUGUGUUACGAUAAAUAUUUCUCUAGAUGGUGACCUUCUGGAAUACAGUCAUCCUGUAGACUUUGUUUAGUAAAGAAAAGCUAGGGGGCCAGGGUGGCCACAUUAACAACUUGUCUGAAAAAACUUGUGAUACCGUAACUUGAGAUAUUGCAUAACCUUUCAUUGCUUCUUUUUUCUUUUCUUUUUUCUUUUUUAACUAUAAACAUUUU